AUGGAGGAAAUUUCGAGAAUGGGCGAAAUCGAUGAACAAACAGCCCUCACAAUAUCCGCUGCCCGUGCAAAGGCCCUGAAUGAGGGCUUCCUCCAGACUCGAUAUAUUCCCGGCGAAAGGGGCUUCCGAAUACCCUUUUUAUUCCUAGAUGGGACGAUAGGCAGCGCCAUAUUCUGGAAGGCAAGGGAGCCGGGAUUUUGGGACCCGAUCCACCAAAGAGCAUGGUAUCUCCAAGAGCCGAUCUUAUCACCCCGUGUCCUCGAGUCUGGCACACACAACACCCGAUGGCACUGCGUCCGACACUGCGUCCAGAAUAGAAAUGAAGAUUCGAGCCCGGAAUCUGACGGCUGGAUAGGGGAUUCCCGUAUCUUUACUCGACACCACAUGUCCAGCCAGUUAGUUCAAGGGAUGCAUUGGGCAGCUCUUGAAGACCCAGAUGUAUUCACCAGCAUGUGGGAGAGCCUGAUAAUGCAUUAUACGUGUCGAGGGAUAGGAUGCCAAGAAGACAGACUUCUAGCUGUUUCAGCAAUUGCGAAAAAGAUGGGCCACAUAGCAAAGAAGAAGUACAUGGCCGGGCUGUGGCAGGAAGACUUAGCCCUCCUUAUGUGGAAGCCUUCGGACGCUAAACAGAGUCAGAACAACGGGGACAUCAGGCCCAAAACUUACGUGGCGCCUUCUUGGUCAUGGGCAUCUAUUGGGCGCGCGGUGGAGUUUCCAAAUACUGCAUUUACUAUAUUGAUGGAUGGCUUAAGGAUUAUAGAUGUCGAAAUCCAAACUCGCAUUCCGAGCGAUGAGUUCAGCGCUGUGGUCAGUGCUGCAUUGACGAUACGUACAUUGGCUUUGCCUUGCCGUUUCACACAUGCUUCCACUAGAUUGUGGAGCUACGAUUUGCAGGGAGAGUUGGGAAUAUUUGCAGAGUUCGACCUUGGUGAUCAAUACGUACUGGAUGUGCAAGAUGAUGGAGAGGGUGAACUGGCUUGGAUAUCAACGCAGGGAGGCCUCGUGCGGAAAAAAAAUCCGAACGGGUUGUCCUAUUCUCGUGUCGGAGUAUUUAGUGAACGUUUUGGGUUCGAAAACUCUGAAUGCGAUAGGAAGGAGAUGGAGGUGGUUCUCGUUUGA